UGCAUCGUCGAGUAAACAGCGUAGGGUGGCCUGAAAAAGAGGUCGAAAAGCUGAAUUUUCGUCGCUCAAAUAACAACUAAAAACGGCGACCAAGAUGGCAAUUUUAAGAUGUUUACAAGUCCUUCUGUUGGGGAUUUUUGUUAAUGAUAUAUCUGCAGCCUUUGGAUUCGGUGGAGGAAAGGACAAAGUCAUAUUAAAUGAUGUUAAAGUCCUGACACUGCGUGCUGAUCACAUGACCACAGGUAGACGCAGCAGUCCAGUACCACAGUUGAAGUGCAUUGGUGGAUCAGCAGGUUGUUCAGCCUUCAAACCACAGGUUGUCCAGUGCCGUAAUCAAGGUUCAGAUGGCUAUGACAUUCAGUGGGAGUGUAAGACAGAUAUGGAUAAUGAAUACCGAUUCGGGCGAAUUGAAGUGACAUGUGAGGGCUAUUCACACCCGGACGAUGAAUUCAUCUUAAAAGGAUCCUGUGGGUUGGAGUAUACCUUGGACCUCACCAAGGAAGGUACACAGAAAAGUGGUUACCAACGUCAGCAUAGUUACUAUGGCAACGAUGGUUACCAUAGUAACAGCUAUAGCUACAAGAAGAGCUCCGGAAUUGGUGAUUGGAUAACUCUAGCCAUCAUCGGUGUUAUCAUCUAUGGGAUCUACAGGACCUGUAUAGCUACCAGUACCAACGAUCCAGACAAUCCAGAUGAUGGCUACCCUAGGCCAGCUGGUCAUGGCACAGGCGCUGGGGGAAACCCCCCACCACCAGGAUUCAGACCGGGCUAUGGAGGAUCGGAUAGCUGCUCUGGUUCAAGAGGAGGGGGCUAUGGCGCAGGACGGGGUGCUGGUGGGGGAGUGGGUGGAGGUGGAUUCUGGUCUGGAGCUGCAACAGGUGGAAUGCUGGGCUACUUAUUUGGGAGCAGAGGAAAUCGUGGUUAUGGUUACGGCGCACCCACUUAUGGUCGCCGGGGUUACGGGAACAGUGGAUUUUUCGGCGGGGGUGGAGGCGGUGGUGGGUUUGGAGGAGGAGGCUUCAGCGGGGGAGGUUCAACAGGCACAAGAACAUCAUCUGGAUUUGGUGGAACAAGAAGGCGAUAGUUGGAGAGGGUCACCUUGCAAUCCGUGGAUAUUAGAAAUAAAGCUGUGAGAGACAAAGACACCCAGAGGACCACUGACGAGGACCAAUGAAUUUAGCAAUUGCCCGGUAACACAAUAAUGAAAUAAGUCUAGUGGUUUUGUAACCACAUUCCAGUAAAAUUUACUGGUGUAUUAUAUAGCUUUCCAAUGGGAGACUUUUGAGACGCCGAGGAGGAGAGGAGACAUAACGGUCCUUUUUUGCAGGUCAGAACUGUGAAAAGGACCGUCCAAAAGUCUCCUAUUUUACAUACUCAGUAAAUUUCAAUAAAUAUUAAAAACAAAAACAUGGCAACAGUUUCCAUUCACUUUAGUUACCCACUUGUACCUGACCCCUAGCAAUGGUUUAGCACUCACUGUGCCUGUGGUCAGUCUUUUAUACAAGUACUUGUCCAUAGCAUAUUGAAAGAGUGGCGAUGAUAGACCUUUUUUGACUGGAAUAAUAUACAGGGUUCGGUAACAGUAGCCACAAUAAUAUUCUACCCUCAUUUUCAGUAUACCUUUUGGCAUUUUACGCUAAGCAACGCAACUGACAAAUUUUGCAGUUAAUUGUUAUACUUCUUAAAACAAUGCAAAAAGUACAAGCAUUAAACAAAAUCACCUUUAAUAAGAAAACAUUGAAAUGAAAAAUGCCAAGUGCCUCAAUGUUUUAGUAAUUUUUAAGAACUCUUAAAGUGUAACAAAUAAAUUAUUUUAUUUUGUUGCCUUAAAGUAGCUUGAAUAAAGUAGUCUGUAAAGACAAAAAUAAUUCUAUCACACAAAAUAAUAAUAUUGUAAAAUAUGUACAUAAACCUUACACACUUUUAUCACUUACUAUGUUUUAAAGAUUAUGAUAGAAACUGGUUCAGAUAUUAAACUAAGUAUUUUUUAGGUGCUGGAGCGAAUGAUUUGUACAGUAGCCCUUUUCAACCUGCCAUGUGCUCACCACCUGGGCCAAAUUGCAUCGAGCUGCGUAAGCACAAGAAAAAGCUAAGCACAAAAAAGCAGCUAAGCAAAAUAAUUUAAAAAAUAGUUUUGCUUUGCAGAAAAUUUUCAAACAACAUCUUCUGAUUAAGCAACUCUUUGAAAUUUGGCCCUGUUUGGGUUUUGCUAUGGCAGUCAGUGUUUGUUUUAUGGUAAUGGUGUUUGUAAGAAAGAAUAAGUGCGAUGAUCACUUCUUAUUUCAUAAUAAUUCUAUUUUGGUCACGUAUUUAUCACUUAUUUAUCUUUUGUACAGUAUUAAGACUAUCUUGAUUAAAACGAGUUACUCAUCCUAACUUAGGCUUAGCGGCUAGCCAUACAAUUUUAAUAUCUCCUAGGACUAGUCCUAAGUUAGGACUAGUCCUAACUCUUUGUGAAAUCGACCCCAGGACUUGCAACCACAAGGUUGUGGGUUCGAAUCCAACCAAGCUAACCGCACAUUGCACAAUGACUAGAACAAGCAUUGUUGUCUAGGAAUCACAAUUUCCAGUGAAUCACAAAGAACCAAUGUUUGUGUUUUAAGAGAUUUUUUUGGGGCAGGCUUGGUGUUAAUAUCCCCUUUUGUUGGAUUUAACCGAGUUCCUUUGACAGGAAGACCAUCUAAACAAACUAACAAGCAGUCGGUUGCCUUCACUUUGCCUGGUGUCAAAAGUCAAUACAAUUUGUUGGUUGGCUCUAAGUGUAAUUUUCACCAUUUCAAAUUUAUUUACUACAUACAUGGCAGCUUAAGCAUUUACUAAUAUUCAAAGUAUUUUCCUUCAUUAUUCAAGAUGAUUUUAACUUUUGUUGAGAAUGUUAUGUUUCGAGCUCUGUCAGACAGAAGUGCAACAAUAAAAAAGUAAAAUUUAA